GGGACCGGUUGUUUCAGUCGAUUUCGAGCCUUAGAGUGGAUACCGAUGAAGUGGUGUGAGUGUAAGCGAGUCAGUCGUAGACUGGAGAGCCCUGUGAGAGCAGGGGACGGACUACUCUCUUAUUAAACAAAUAAUAUUUUUUAAAUUUACAUUUAUAAUAUUUUUCGUGUGUGCUAGUGUCACGUUUGUUUAGUUAACAGUUUUUUUUUCACUAGAAAAUCAUCAGCUUCACUAUUCAUCGUCUUCAUCACCAUCAUUAUCAUAAUAGUUAUUAUUAUUAUUGUCAAUUGUUGACCCAAAGCACGUGGAAUUUAAACAAAAGGGCAAAUCGGUCCACUAUGAAGCUCCGAAAUAAGUUUAAAAAUCUGCCGGCAAAUUUUAAGUGAAAUUUUGCUCCAAUCGAGACUGGACAAAUUAUUGUUAUUAUUAUCAAUAUAAAUAUCGAUAUUAUUGUUAAUUAUUAUUGUAAUUAUUAAUAGACAGUGAAUAAAACUCUAAUGUGUGAUACUGUGGGUGCUCGUGCUUUAUUAUUGUGAUUUAUUAUUUUAAAAACUGUUUAAAAAAAUAACUUGCGCGUAAUGUCGGCGUACGCGCAAUUCGGAUACUCGUAUCCGUCGGCAUCCCAGUUGCUAGUAAGCGGAGGCCAGCCAACGACAGCAACAUCUCCAGCAGUGUCGUCAGGUGGAGCCUUGAGUCCCAGCGCGUUGUCCCCGUCGUCAAAUGCCAGGACUGCGGUGCCGGGUGCCUCCGGAGGUGCCGAGACGCCGGUGGGCAGCUCGACGGGGGCCGGAUGCUGCGAGAACGGCAGGCCCAUGAUGACGGACCCGGUCACUGGGCAGACGGUCUGCUCCUGUCAAUAUGACAGCGCGGCCCGUCUCGCCCUCGGAGCUUACCCGCGACUGGGACCUCCGGCGUCUUCGUACUCCACUUACCCCACACCCACACCCUCGGCCACGGACCAAGGGCCCUAUCCAAGCAUCGGGAUGGACAGCUCCGCGUUCUACUCACCCCUCGGAAAUCCUUAUGGACUAAAGGAUGCAACGGGGAUGGGAAUGACGGCGGAUAUGGGCGCAGCCUGGGGCACGGCGGCGUUACAACCCGCCGCGACUGGAUACUACCCCUACGAUCCAACGCUUGCUGCUUAUGGGUAUGGAGCCGGGUACGAUUUGGCGGCACGUCGGAAAAACGCGACCAGGGAAUCGACGGCGACUUUGAAGGCCUGGUUGAACGAGCACAAGAAGAAUCCUUAUCCGACGAAAGGGGAGAAGAUAAUGCUGGCGAUAAUCACCAAGAUGACGUUGACCCAAGUGUCCACGUGGUUCGCUAAUGCGAGGAGAAGACUUAAGAAGGAGAACAAAAUGACGUGGGAGCCCAAGAACAAAACUGACGACGACGAUGACGCGAUACUCACCGACUCGGAAGAUAACAAAGACAAGGACGAGAUGGGCAGUGAGCACCGGAGUGACCGCGUCGGAGAUGACUCUCAACGCAGUCUUGAUGACAAUGAGCCGAUAAGACACGUCAAGGCCGAGCACAUGCACCACGAAAAGGACCUGGAGGAUGACGACGACCUGGACCUGGAAGAUGACCCACGAGCGCGCGGCGACAUGGGCUAUCACCACAUGCCGCACCACAGCCAUCAUCACCACCAUCAUCAAGGCUACGUAGGAGAAGACCACCACCUCAAGGAAGAGGGAGUCAAAUCCGACUGCCAAGCGGGAGUUCCCAUUCCCGCGACGAAGCCCAAGAUCUGGUCGCUGGCUGACACCGCAGCCUGCAAGACUCCUCCACCUAGCAGCCAUCCGCACGCGCAUCAGCACCACCAGCAGCAGCAGUACCUCCACCAUCACCACUACGGUCUCCAGCAGCAGCAGCAGCAGCAUCAACUCCAGCAGCACAAUCCUCACCACCACCAAAACACCGGGCAGCCCUGGCAGCUGGGUCCCUCCGGGCCAAAUGACAACUCCGGUCUCGGCGGACUCACGUCCUUCGCCCUCCCCUCGUCAGCUACCUCGAUGAGUCCUUCAGCAGCCGCGGCCACCCCCUACUCCAACGUCUCUAGGUACGGCGGGUUCCUCAGCUCCGGGAACCAGCUCCACUACAACCCGAACUCUUCCUCGGCAUCUUCGUCCAGCGCAUCGUCCAGUGCCGCAGCGGUGGGGUUUCCCGAAGUUGGUACGGACACGCCACCCCAAACGCCACCCAACAUGAAGGUGGCGACGCCCAAUGGUGUGAUCCAAGCAGCUCCAGCAGCAGCGGCCUACUGCCCUGGUGGCAUCAACACAACCGCGGUCACCAGUAAUCCCAGCACCCCGAACAACCUCUACCCCAGCAACACGAUCCUCGCCUCCAGCAACACCGGGUACUUAUCUUCCAGCUCGGGCUCCUCCGUCAGCAGCAACUCCUCGUCCUUCGGCUCGAGACUACAGAGUCCCCACAAGGAGACCUUCGUCAACCAGAACGGCCUUCACCAGCAGACCGCUGGCAGUCUCGCCACCGAAGCCACUACUGCGUUCAAACCCUUCUACAAAGAAUCACAAUCUAUGGCUAGUGGAUUUGUGUCACCAGUUUAGGAAUUAACACCUACCGAUCUUGAAUGAUUAACUUGGGACUCGGCUCUUCAGAUAAAAUGAAAGUCUCUAAACAACAAACAGGAUAAAAAGUAAAAAUAAAAAUAAAAAAUGUAAAGUCAGGAUGACAACAACCAAAACAAAAAGAAAAACAACACAUACCAGGAGAUAAUAAGACACAAGGAGAUAUUGAUAGUACGAUGAGCGGACUCCGUACCGUUUUUCCAUCUCCGUCUGUCUGUGUGUGUGUGUCUGUAUUUGUGCGUUCGCGUUGUGUGUCGUGUGUCUAUACUAUGUCCGUCUAUACUUUUACCUUUAUAUAAAUCCUCAGAGUACAGUUUACAGUUCAGUUAAAAGCGAGCGAGCGAACGAACGAACGAGAUUGUAUACAACCAUACAACCGUACGGAGAAUGUACUUUACUAUUACAUGUGCGAUGUACAGACAAAGAGAGAAAGAGAGCGAAAAAAAAAUCUAAAAGACCUUAUGCUUAAGAGCGACAGCGAAAUGAAGAGAGAAAGAGAGAGAGAGAGAGAGAGAGUGAGCCGUGUGAAUACCGGAUUAGUCCAAAAAGGAUUAAGAGAGUUAGAGAUUAACGUCAACGUAUGCUUGUAUUCCAUGCAUGCGUGCUCUAUGUCUCACCAUAAAAUACGAAAAUCCAUUUUCAAAUGGACUCACAACAAACUUUAUUUGCCAGACGGCUAAUUAUUUUUUUUUAUUUUUAAUUUGUUACAUAAAAUAAAAGUAAUAAAUUUUAAUUAAUUAAUUAUUAUAAUUGUAUAUCGUUCUCUGGGAAAAGAGUAUUUAAUAUAUCGGGAUACGUGCAAAUGGCAACACUAAUAUAUAUAGAUAUAUAUUGAAUAAUUGGGAGCAAUAUUGCUCCUGAUGGUUUACUCUGUAUUAUAUUUAUUAAAUUGGCGAAUAAAACAACGAGCCUAUAGUUAUUAAUAAAAACAAUUACGUCCAUUUUCAGCUAAUAAAUAUCAUAAUAUUUUAUUGACACCCGUUCAAAGCUUUACCAGUUAAUGUCAAGUACAUUUAAUUGUUUGUAUAAUUAUUUAAAUGCAGAAUACUGAUGGUUAUUUAUUUUUGGAUUCAGUUUUUGGAGCUCGGGCGCCUGUACUUGGGAGGUAGUUGGGAUAAGAGGGUCGAUAAGCACAUGAAUGGAUAGGAAAUUUAAUAAGCUACGAUUUUGGUAUCUGUGAAAAUUUUCGUACGAAAGUUAUUUUGGGAGUUAUGGGAGUUUUUGUAGUUGGGUAAUUUUUUGAUAUUUUGCGGGAAUCAGAAAUUUGAGAAAUUUGUUUUGGGCGUUUCUUUGGGAAAUAUUGAAAAAUUUGGGCCAACUAGUAGGUCGUUGGAAAGGAAAUUUUGUCCUCUACAAGUUUGAUAUCUUUGAAAAUUUUCAUACAAUCAAUAGUUUCGCAGUUACAGUCAUUUUAAUAAGUAUAUAUAAUUAUUAAUCCAAAAUCUAUAUUAAUUUCAAAAGUUCAUUUUCAUCAUAACUAGGGAACUAAUUAACGAAACUAGGUCGAAAAAUAGGUCGUUGGAAAGGAAAUUUUGUCCUCUACAACUUUGAUAUCUUUGAAAAUUUCCAUAAAAUCAAUAGUUUCGCAGUUACAGUCAUUUUAAUAAGUAUAUAUAAUUAUUAUUUCAAAAUCUAUAUUAAUUUCAAAAGUUUAUUUUUAUCAUAACUAGGGAACUAAUUAACGAAACUAGGUCGAAAAAUAGGUCGUUGGAAAGGAAAUUUUGUCCUCUACAACUUUGAUAUCUUUAAAAAUUUCCAUAAAAUCAAUAGUUUCGCAGUUACAGUCAUUUUAAUAAGUAUAUAUAAUUAUUAAUCCAAAAUCUAUAUUAAUUUCAAAAGUUUAUUUUCAUCAUAACUAGGGAACUAAUUAACGAAAGUGGGUCGAAAAGUAGGUCAUUGGAAAGGGAAUUUCAUAAUCUACAAUUUUGUUAUCACCAAAAAUUUCCUCAAAACCAAAUUAACAGGCGUAAUCAUAAAAAAAACCUAAUCCGCGGCUCCAAAACGCGAAAUCCAAAAAUGAGUAGUCAACAAACGAAACCUCAAACCGAAAUAUUGUAAUUAAAAAAAAAAAAAUACAUAACACAGUAGUCCCCGCAAUGUAGCUUAUUAAGUGACAGUGUACUUUAAGCGAUAAUUACGACAUAAACAUGUCGCCGUUUACCAUGUACGAGUGUUGCCCAUUAUACCCCGUGGCCAUCCCCACAUCUCCCAUCUCACCCACGUGUUAAUAAAUCCACACUAGCCUAACAUAAGUGAACUCGAUUAUCGGACUCACUAUCGAUAUAUUGCUAUUGGUAUUGGGGAUGCGUAUACGUCAUGAUUCAUUAAUUAUUAUUAUUAUUAUUAUUAUUAUUAUCAUUAUCAUUAUUAUUAUUAUUAUUGUAAUAUUUUAUCUUAAAUAAUAAUCUCGCACUAUAAAUAUAAAUUAUGUAAACAAAUUAUUUAUAUUUUCUUAAGGAAUUAAAAAAAAAAAAAAAAAAAUUACAUGCCACUAAAUCAAAUAAAUCUGUCCAGUUUUAUUUUGUUAGUUAAGUUGAUAUUUAUAUUCCGUAAAACUCUGGUGAGAAAAAAUUAAAAAAUUGCUAAUUAAUUAAUAAUUAAUAAUAAAAAAAAAUUGAUUAAUUUAUAUCUGUGAUAAUGUGGGAGUUGGAAUCGAAAAAAAAUUUUUAUAAUAUAAUUACUAAUUAAUUAAUAAAUAAAGUAAAUUAAUUACUAAAUAAUGUUAUUAACAAAAUAAGUAAAGAUGGGCGACAUUAUUAUUAAUUAUUAUUAUUAUUAUUAUUAUUAUUAUUAUGAUUAUUAUUAAUUGUGACGGCGGCUGCAAUCAUCUAAUUUAAUAUUUUUUAUCAAUAUAUAUAUACAUAUUAAUAAAUAUACACGUGUAUGUAUAUAUUGAUGUAUGAUGUAUAAGAAAAAUAUAAAUAUGAAUAUAUAUAAAUAUAAAUAUUAUAUCUUAGGACGGGUUUAAUGUACAAGAGUUGAGAAAAAAUAAUGAACUUGUGUACACAUUGUAAAAUAAAUGAAAAAAAAUCAAUGAAAAAUUUUUCUGUACAUAAUUUUGAAUGUGAAAAAUAGAAAAUAUAUAUAUUGAAAAUAUUAUAUAUUAUUAUUACCAUAAUUAUCGUAAAUUA